GGAGCCAUGGAGGACAAGAGGAACAUCCCCAUCAUCGAGUGGGAGCACCUGGACAAGAGGAAGUUCUACCUCUUGGGCAUCUGCAUGACCAUGGCCAUCAGGGUCAGCGUCUACCCCUUCACCCUGAUCCGCACCCGCCUGCAGGUGCAGAAGGGCAAGAGCCUCUACCAGGGCACCUUUGAUGCCUUUGUGAAGAUCCUGAGGACAGAAGGGGCUGCUGGCCUCUACAGGGGCUUCCUGGUCAACACCUUCACCCUCAUCUCGGGCCAGUGCUACGUCACCACCUACGAGCUGACCCGCAAGUACGUCGCCCGCUACAGCGACAGCAACGCCGUCAAGUCCCUGGUGGCUGGGGGCUCGGCCUCCCUGGUGGCCCAGAGCAUCACUGUGCCCAUUGAUGUGGUCUCCCAGCACCUGAUGAUGCAGAGGAAGGGGGAGAGCAUGGGCAGGUUCCGGGUGAGGCAGCGGCAGGCCGGCGGCAGGCUGCCGCUCUGCGGCCAGACCAAGGACAUCAUCCUGCAGAUCUUCAGGGCCGACGGCCUGCGGGGCUUCUACCGCGGCUACGUGGCCUCCCUGCUCACCUACAUCCCCAACAGCGCCGUCUGGUGGCCGUUCUACCACUUCUAUGCUGCAGCCUCCUGCCCGAGCCUGGCCUCUGCCUCUCCCCCCCCAGAGCAGCUCUCCAGCCUCACCCCCAGGGACUGUCCUCACCUCCUGCUCCAGGCCAUCUCGGGGCCCCUGGCGGCCGCCACGGCCUCCACCCUCACCAACCCCAUGGACGUGGUCAGGGCCAGGGUGCAGGUGGAAGGCAAGAGCUCCAUCAUCCUCACCUUCAAGCAGCUGCUGGCAGAGGAAGGCCCCUGGGGGCUGACCAAAGGCCUCUCUGCCAGGAUCAUCUCUGCCACCCCCUCCACCAUCGUCAUCGUCGUCGGCUACGAGACCCUGAAGAAGCUGAGCCUGCGCCCAGAGCUGGUGGACUCCAGGCACUGGUAGAGGAAGCUGCUUGGGACACAGACCACCCUGAGCCCCUUCC